GCGGUUGCUGUUUCGUUUUCUUAUAUUUACUUCUUCUUGUUACAACAAAAAUUUGUUUUCUCAUUAAUCUGUAUCACUCGGUUCACUUUCUAAUCUUCGCGAAGCGUAGUUACUCUUUAAUCUAAUUAGUUGAAGCAUUUGCCAACGUUAAAACAUCAAAAAUAACCAUAUCAUUAUUAUCGGAAGGCAGUGCAAAUAAUUGGACACCAACUUAUCAUACACGUUCUCGGAGACCCCAGCAGUCAGCAACAUUUACUUUAAAUGAACAUCACAAACCUGGAGAAGAUGAUGGCAGGUCAAAUCAUUUAGUAGCAAGAACAUCAAACACUAACAUCAGAAGUAAAUAUAAGACGUUUUGUUCCAGCGAAGUGUUAAAACAGCGAUUUAGUAAAAGGCUUGAAACUUCAUGAAUGCAGCAGAAGCAGAGGUUGAACGAGAUCAGUAACGGAUCAGCCAUUAACAGAUUAUUCUAUCGGUUCCGAUUAAAACUUUUCAGUCGGCCUAUUUUCAUCGGUUUUUUACUGGUUUAGUAGCCAGAAAAAGCUUAUGUAAUUUUUGAUUUUUUUGGUGUCGGUUUCAAAACAAUAUACAAAACAGGCUUUUACUUUCAUAUAAUAAGGCCUAUAAUUUCGAGAUGAACUUCAGGAAACACACCCUAUGCAUUCAGGGAGUAAUGAACUAUAAAAGAACAUGCAAGGAUACAUAGCUGAACCCAAGCUUCUCGUGGUGUCGACAGAUAUUUCUAUUUUCACCUCCUGAAAGAGCUCAAAAUAAAAAUGGUUAGAAGAGACGUACAGCUUGUUUUAGUGGCAUAGACUAAUAAAAACAACUAUUUCAAGAAAAACUGAAAGUUUUUUGACUGGGUAUUAUCGAUCUAUAAAAAACGUUAAGGACCGGUCCAAUCCGAUAAACUUUUUCAGUCGACUGAUCCGAUUGAUUCUUUUCCAAACGGUUCCAACUCUGCGUAGAAGUAGAAACCAGUGCAUCUGCUAUAUAUUAUAUCCAUAGACAUCUCUUUGGAACGAAGAAAAUUCUUAAAUAAAGUUUAAUCAAUUGUUCUUCUCUAUCUAUUUCAGAACAAUGUGGUAAACGUCGUAUUGAUAAUAAUUGAAAUGGUAGCAAUAAACCUUCGACAAAACCGGCUACAAAUGAUAUUCAAAGUAAUAUAGCUGAUCAACAGAUAUUUCAACUUAGUAUGUAACAUCAAACUCUACUGAUAUUGUCUCUUUGACUGAUCCAAGUCCAUUUAUUAUGUUAGAAGUUGGAUUAGAACAAAUUCAAGAUGUUCGCGCGAUCAAUACGGACGGUGCCUAUUAUCUAUGUAAAUAUAAGAAAACGAAACAGCAACCGU